UUUAGUCAAAAUGGCGGAUGAUUGUGAAGAAAAAGAUUUAAGUUAUGAAAGCCUGUUGCAGCGUCACAAGAAAGAAAAGAAAGAUCUCCUUGGAAAGAUCCAGUCUCUUAAGCAUUCUGUACCCAAAGGUGACAAGAAAAAGAAAAAAGAAAUAACCCUUGAAAUAGCUAAACUGGAAGCAGAACUAGAAGACAGACACAAGAAAGAAAUUAAUGAAUACUCCAGUGAAAAGAAGACAGAAAAUUUAAAUGAUGUUACCAACAAACUAGAGAAUGUUCAAGUAUCAAAUACCUCUGAAGAAACUGGAACAAAGWCAUCUCGAGCUGCAAAAAGGAGAGCUAAAAAAACAGCACAAGAACARGAAAGAGAAAGAAGAAUAGCAGAAGCAGAAAUAGAAAAUGUCAAUUGUGCUCGCAAUGUUGAAAUAGAACAGAUGAAACAAAUUUUAAAGGAAAGAAAUUUAGAAAUACAUGAGAUUACUCCAGAUGGUCACUGUUUAUAUAAUGCUUUGGCGCACCAACUUAGAAGAAAAAAAUUACAAUUUGAAUAUGAACAGCUUCGACAACAAGCAGGAAAUUAUAUGUUAUCACACAGUGAAGAUUUUAUACCAUUUCUCAUUCACUCAGAGACAGGAGAGCUWUAUACACAAGAUGAGUUUAUGAAGUAUUGUAAAGAUGUAGCAACAACGUCAGUGUGGGGUGGRCAGUUAGAGCUGCAAGCAUUGUCACAUGUCCUUCAAAUGCCCAUUGAAGUUAUUCAAGCAAAUUCGGCAGCCAUUAAAAUAGGGGAAGAGUUCAAUCAUUCAUCAAGUCCAUUAUUGUUAUCGUACCACCAUCAUGCGUAUGGUCUUGGUGAACACUACAAUUCACUUAUACCUAUCACAAGUAUAGAAGUCGAAGAUAAUUAUGUAGAAUAAUUAUUAAUGAAAAUAAAAGUGUAAUAMUUAGGACAUUGUUUAAUGUAGAGUUGAUGUAUUUUACAAUGUAAAUUGGGUUCAUUCUAUGAGUACUGGAAGAAGAAUGAAGGAUUAUUUUGUACUGAGGCGACACCCUGCAAUACAUAAAACAACAAUAGAUUCCAGUACACAUAGGAACACCUGUAAAUUGAUUUGCAAAUAUCAAUAUAAAUACACUACUGGAUUUUGGAUUUCCUGUGUAAUUUGAUUGGCCUGUGACCAAAACACAAAAGCAACAGACUUUAUCUUCGCAGAUCAAAGACUUGUCAUCACUUUAAUACAUCAAUUUGAUUUUCCUAUCAAAUUUUUGACAUAAAUUUGUCACUUGGGAUUUUCAUCUUCAUUUUGUUUUUGAGAACCAUCUUCUGGUUUCAUGGCGGGGAAGAAAA